UAUUUCUUCGCUGUAUUUCCCAUUUCUUCGUCUCCCUCGUUGCCUCUCCCCUGUCUCUUCUGUUCCUGAAUUUCUCGCCGGAACACGGCCGGCGACGCGAAGCUCGCUGGAGAACCGCAACGGUGGCUCUUUGCUGCUAGCUUUCAGAGUUUCUGCUCCAAGUUUGGAUUCUGAACUCAGGGUUGGGAGUUUGAAUUUCAAAGCUUCUGCUUCGUGAUCGCGCUCGUGGGGAGAAGCAGAGCAGCAGCCUCUGAUGGUCACGGCCCGACCAGGCGCGAGGUAGGGUUUAUCCUAGAGCCCACGAUGGAUACAACGGAGGCUUCGCCGGCCGCGGCCGCGCAGCCGGCGCCGGAGACGACGACGCCGGCGAGCUCUCAGCCCGCGCCGCCGGCUCCUGCGCCUGCGGCGGGGCUGGCGCCGGCGGGAGCUAGCAGAGGAGAUGGGAAGAGGAAGCGGGGGAGGCCGAGGAAGUACGGGCCGGACGGGAGCCUGCCGCGGCCGUUGAAGGCAACGCCGAUCUCGGCGUCUGUGCCGGACGACGCGGGCGGGGCGCAGUACACGCCGGCGGCGGCCGUGGGGGCCGUCAUGAAGCGGGGCAGGGGCCGCCCAGUGGGGUUCGUCAGCCGCACGGCGCCGGUGGUCGUGUUAGCUCCGGCCGCGCAGACGCAACUCGGUUCCCUAGGUGAAUUAGUAGCUUGUGCUUCUGGUGCAAACUUUACACCUCAUAUCAUCAAUGUUGCUGCUGGUGAGGAUGUCAAUAUGAAGGUCAUAUCUUUCUCCCAACAAGGUCCAAGGGCAAUUUGCAUUCUAUCUGCCAAUGGUGUGAUUUCAAAUGUUACACUGCGUCAGCAGGAUUCUUUAGGUGGUACAGUGACUUACGAGGGCCACUUUGAGCUGCUCUCCUUGUCUGGAUCUUUCACUCCGACCGACAGCGGCGGCACCAGAAGCCGCUCCGGUGGGAUGAGCAUCUCCUUAUCGGCCGCCGACGGCCGUGUCAUCGGAGGCGGAGUCGCCGGCCUCCUCGUGGCAGCUAGCCCUGUCCAGGUUGUCGUGGGAAGCUUCCUGCCGAGCUACCAGCUGGACCAGAACGCGAAGAAGCCGGUCAUAGAGAUCACGGCCGUGGCACAGCCGGCGAAGGUCGGGUUCACCAUCUCCAGCGGGGACAUGGAAGACUCGUACAACGGCAGCCAGCCGCGGUCCGCGACGGCGUUCAGGGUGGAGAACUGGACGGCGCCCGAUAAGGCGAGGAAGACGCCGCCGCCGGUGGCGUCGGAGGUCAAAGUCCCCGUCCCCGGAGGGUGAGACGACCGAGCUGAGAGAGUCUGCUCGAUCCGUUCCCGGUGGCAACGUACGGUCCAGAAGCUGCAGGCGUCCUGCAGGGCUCUCAGACAUCAGGCCCUGCAAUGUGCAGAGAUGCACUAAUGUUUUCUUGUCUCUUUCGUCAUCAGUCAGUCAGGCAGGAAGCCUAUCUAGGCGACUGUGCACGCCCCGAUGUAUGUAUGUAGCGUGUGCCGUGCAGGCCGUAGAGUCGCAUACAGUUUCUUUCAGUCGAAAAUGGAAAAAUAGAUAACUUACGUUACUAUAUUUUGCUAAUAAAGAUAAUAUAUUGAUGUAUUUAUAAAUUUA